UCGAGCAACAUUUUCGCAGUUGACUGCGUCAGUUCCACUUUGACGGCUGUGAGAAAAAUUUCGUACAUUUAACGCGCGAAAUUUUCUCUAUUUUAGUGAAACAGCAACCUAGAAAACUUGUAGAAAAGUGCAAAAAAAGCUCAAUAAAUACAUAGAAUAGUGGCUACAGUUGCAGAAAACGGUAGUGCGUGCACAUAGUUGCAAAAUAAAAACUAUUAAGCGCAAAACUCUGAAGUGUGUGGUGUGAAAGCAGUGUUCUUUACGUGCUGCGUCGGUGUGUAAAAUUUUGUUUUGAAGACUUAAUUUUGCUGGAUUUCAUUAAUAACUAAUGUAUGGAAAUAUGAAUAAUGGUGGCCAUGCGCCAUACGGAUUCAAUGGUUAUAGACCGAGCGGUGGACGUAUGUGGGGCAUGUCCCAUUCCCUGCCAUCCGGCAUGUCACGUUAUGCGUUUUCACCGCAGGAUACAGAUUUCACCUCAUCGUAUCCAGGUCCAUCAAUGAAUCGGCGCGGUUAUAACGAUUUUUCAGGCGGCGGCGGCGGUGGUGGCGGUAGCGGAGGUGGUGGCGGCGGCAGUGCCAUGGGUUCCAUGAACAAUAUGGCACCCGCUGCCAGCACAAAUUCGCUGAAUUGUGGCAGCGGUGGCGGUGGCGGCGACGGACAUGAUGGCGGCGCGAAUGGCACAAAUCUAAUUGUGAACUAUCUGCCACAGGAUAUGACAGAUCGUGAACUCUAUGCUUUAUUUAGGACAAUCGGUCCGAUAAACACUUGCAGAAUAAUGAGAGAUUAUAAGACUGGCUACAGUUUUGGUUACGCUUUUGUUGAUUUCGCUUCCGAACGGGAUUCACAGCGAGCGAUAAAAAGCUUAAACGGCAUUACAGUACGCAAUAAGCGUUUAAAGGUUUCAUAUGCUCGUCCUGGCGGUGAAUCCAUUAAGGAUACCAAUUUGUAUGUUACGAAUCUACCACGUACAAUAACCGACGAUCAAUUGGAUACCAUAUUCGGUAAAUACGGUAUGAUUGUACAAAAGAAUAUACUGAGAGACAAAUUUACGGGUAAAGCGCGUGGCGUUGCAUUUGUAAGAUUCAAUAAGCGCGAAGAAGCGCAAGAGGCAAUUUCCGCACUGAACAAUGUCAUACCCGAAGGUGGAUCUCAGCCGCUCACCGUGCGCCUAGCCGAGGAGCAUGGCAAAGCGAAAGCGCAGCAAUAUAUGUCACAGCUGGGACUGAUCGGUGGCGGUGGCGGCGGCGGCGGCGGUGGUGGUGGCGGUAUGGGUGGUCCACCACCACCACCCAUGAAUAUGGGAUACAACAACAUGGUGCAUAGAGCUAUCCAGCAAUUGUACAGUACAGAUAUUAAGCGCGCUCUUUCACAACAAUUACAUAUAUUUAGCUGCAUGUAAAAGAAAUACAAAAAAAUAGAUCCGAAAAAACUGAAAUACUAGCAUUUAAGUGUGAAGCUAUAGAGAAAUUACUAUAAAAAACACAGAAAGAGAGUAUUUAAUUAAAAAAGUAAUUUUUAAGUACAUAAACGUAAAAAAAACCGAAGAAAAACUGAACUAAAACUCAAAAUUUGCAUAAAUUUCAUGUAUCUUCCUGCGAUUGUCAAUACUAAUUAAUAAUACAAAUUUAAAAUAAUAUAAACUAAAAAUCAUAUAUAGAUUAUUUCAUAAAAAAUCUAGCGUGAACAAUGUAAUAAAUUAUAUAUAUAUAUAUGCAUACAAACUCUGAUAAAAAUCAUAAAAACAAAAUUAUAAAAUGCAUGAAAUUCUAAAAUUUGUGCAAACAAAAUACUGUAAUUGAUUUAAUUCACGUUUUGUAUAUUUUUUCCGGUCUAGAGCAAAUUUAAAAACGUAUAGAAAACACAAUAGUAGUUAUAUACAACAAUACAAUAGAAAAAUGUGUACUUAUAUAUACAUAUGUGUGCAUACUUUUGUAUAAACCGAACUGUAUGUGCUGAUGCAGACGUUGAAAAAAAAAAAAACAAAAAAUUGAAAAAAUUAAAAUUAUUGAAACAUUUUGUUAUGAUUCUAAAGAAAAAAUGAAGAAAAUAAAAAUAUGAAAGUAAUUAAUUAAUCAAAUGCAUUUUAUUUGCAUGCAUUAUGCGAAAAAUGGGCAUAUUGGUAAGUAAAUAUACGAUUUUCCUGCAAUUUAGCGAUUUUCAUUAAAUCAGUAUGCCGGAUUUUCGUAAAAAUAAUUAAAAUUCCAUUAAAAAGCAUUAAUUUUAUGUCAAAACAAUCAAAUUGCAGCAUUAAUGCAAAAUCCGCACUAAUACUGCUGCAUUUGCCUGCAUUUGCGCGUAAACCAGCGCCGGCAGCGACGUCGGCGUUGUUAAAAACGACCGGCAGCGAACCAAAUUUGAAAUUUCGCUGAAAGCACUAGGCGCACAGAAAUGCCAGCAGGCAGCUGCCGCCCAGAAAAAUAAAUUUGCCACCAAUUAUGUUGCAUGCUUUCAGGCGUUACAUGACCACCGCACAGCCAUGAGCCAUUCACAAUGCACGUGUGAAUUGCCGUCGCACAUGUGUUUCGCACGCACACAGCAUGCUUUGAGGGGCAUGCAUUUUUGCAAAUUUGUGCGUCGCUUGCUGGCAUUUCUGUGCGCCUGGUGCUUUGGGUGGGAUUUUAAAUUCAGAUUUGCAGCCGGUCGUUUUGCUGACGCUGACGUCGCUGCUGGCGCAGGUUUAUGCGCAAAUGCAGGUAAAUUCGUCGGUAUUAGUGCGGGAUUUUGCAUUAUUGGUGGAAUUUAGCUGUUUUUGCCUACUAUUAAUGCUUUUUGAUGGAAAUUUAAAUAAUUAAUGAAAAUCAAUUCCGAAAUUUCGAUUUUAGUGCAGAUUUUGCUGUUUUUGUAUAAAAUAAAUGCCUUUGAUGGAAAUUUGACUUUUUUUUGUAAAAAUCCCGAAAUCCCGAUUUUGGCGCAGAUUUUUCUCGGGAUUUGCAUGGGAUAUUACUUGAAUUAAUGUGCUUUCGCAUGGAAAUAAGGGCUUUUAUGAAAAAAUUAAUUUUUUAGUGAAAAUCCCGAAAUCUCGAUUUCGAUGAUCGGGAUUGGUUCGGGAUUUUUCAUUAUUGGUGCAAUUAAAUUGUUUUUGCAUAAAAAUAAUGCUUUUGGAAGGAAAUUUAUUUUUUUUUUGUGAAAAUCAAUCCCGAAAUCACGAAUUUGGCGCAGCUUUUUUAGCACGUGAUUUCGCUCGAUUGGUGCCAUUCAGCUGUUUUUGCAUAAAAAUAAUAUUUUUCCUAAGGAAAGAAUUUUUUGGAAAAAUCCCGAAAAUACUUGUUUAACACUUUUUUCAGCACUUCGCUUAUUUUUAAUUCACUGCUAUAUGUUUUUUAUAAAAAUUAGUUAUCAAACAUUUAUUGUAUUAAUAUAUUUUCGUCAUUUUACAUAUUUUUUUUAUUUUUUUUUGUUCUAAAAAAUCGUUUUUUACUUAAAUUUUUAAUAUUUCUACUGCAAUAUUUCGAUACUGUCGCAUAUAAAGCAAUAAUAUAUAUAACACUAAUUAUUUUAAAAAAAUUUAAUACCGGAAAAUACAAAAAUUCUAAAUUUUAGAUUUUUUGCCAAAAUUUAGUAAAAUUCAAAACUUUCAGAUGGUAUUAAUUUUCGAAUUAAUACCAAAUUAACUACCCCUAAAAAAAAAUUAAAUAUACUCUAAAUUAACACUAUUCUGCACACUUCAUCGUCAUUAAUGGAAUGUUUUACACCACUAAUUUACACUUUUUACGUCACGUGGUCGUACCGUAAACAUUAGCGGAUCUUUCGUACGCAUGGUCACUUCAUUUGAUAGUUUGAGCUCCUGCGUAGCAUCGCCUGCAUAUUCCAUGUUGAAACUAAGUAAAAUAUACACUACUGUCACUUUCAUCUGCAGCAUGGCGUAUUUUUGACCCAGACAACUACGUGGACCCGCCGAAAAUGAGGUGAACGUAUACGGAUUUAGUUUUGCGCUAUUUUCACACGCCACCUCCUCGAAGCGUUCCGGUUUGAAUGUGUUCGGAUCGUCAUAAACUUCAGAUAGACGACCAAAGAUCAAAGGUGAAAAGCCAAUAUUUGCGCCGGCCGGUAUUAUGUGAUCAUCUAGUAUUGAAAAUAGAAUGAUGAAAUUAUGCAUUAAUUUUUCAUAUUAAAAAUAUAAACAUACUAAUUUUGGUCUCUUCCAAGGCUUUGCGUCCGAUCAGCGCCACCGGUGGAUACAUGCGCAGCGACUCCUUAAUGCACAAAUCCACGUAGUGCAACCGAUUGAGGAGCUCGCGACUGACCGAGAUCGCGUCAAUUUCAGUACCGAAAACGCUGCGUAUCUCCUCGUAGCAUUUGCGCUCCCACUCACGAUUCGUGGCUAUACAGUAGAAGAAGAACAUUAACGCCGAGGAUAGCGUAUCGUGACCGGCGAAUAUGAAUGAUUGCACCUCCUCGAGUACAUCGACAUUGCUCAGCGACUGGCCAUCGAUAGUAGAGUUUAGUAGAAUGUCCAAUAAAGUUUUCCUGCGUUUUGAACCAGCCGUUUGCUGAUUGUCCGCUUCGAGCACUUGUUGUUCCUUCGGCGCGUGCAUCAACUCGUUGCGUCGCUGCAGUAUUACCUGUUCCGCGAAAUCAUUUAUUACGGCAAGUGCUCGUUUAGCUUCUUUUGCUUUCGAUGUGCAGCGAAAGAUGAAAUCAAAGUAAUAUUUCAGAUCGUACAUGCGUAGGUGUAUUAUUCCCACGAGACUGUGUAAAAUAAAAGGGACUCAAUGUGUUAAAUUAGGGUAGAAGGGCUGUGACAUGAAAUCAGAGAGAGAGACAAAUAAAGCUAAAUUAUGCAUAGGGAUCGGGUCAAACCUCUCAUAGAAUUUGGGAAGCCCAGAAUGAAUUUGCCCAUCUUUGACUUCGGACGACCCCCAGCAGGCCCAAUAAUACAAAACGAAACUAAGAACCAAACAAGAUCCCGAAAGAUCAAAAGUCCUUUAAAGUACCACUUUGAGGACGAUUGAUGGGAGUUGGAGAAAAUAAUAUGAAUUGGGAUCGGACGAUCCAUCAAGAAAUUUAGAAAGCCGAUAAUGAAUUUGCCCAACUUUCGACUUAGGACGGCCACGAGCAGGCUGUGGUUCAGACUUGCCGAAUGUGAAAUUUCUUUGUACGUUUAAACUUAAUCUUACUAAACAAUUUUCGAUUUUGACUCACCUUUCCAAUGCCUUAACGUAUUCACAAUCCGCAUUACGUUGCGUCUGUAUAUGUACACCCAUCGCAGUAUCUGAAAUUAUAAAUAUGAAAGAAGCACAAUCAAUAUAUAUGUAUUUGUAUAGCUUAAACCUAACCGGUCGCACAGCGUAACCUACCGCAAAUCGUAUCCAACGUGCACAAACCCAAAAAGUGGCGCAGCUCAAAGGGUCGACCUUCAGCGCAUAGUUCGUUCAAUUGCUGCACCAACACCAUUGAAUGUUUCUGAAACGAACUGAGAAAGUCUUCCAGCAUCUUGAAGUGGAAUGUCGGUGAUACGAGUUUACGACGCUGUUGGUAUUUACAUCCAUGCGACAGCAGCAAUCCAUCGUGCAACCAGCAUUUCAAGCAACGAUAUUGAUCCGAUUUAACUGUCAGUUUAUUUGAGCUGAGCAAAACUUCAAUGUCGUUCGGAUCCUGCAUGACUAUAACCAACUCGGUACCGAGCCACAAGCGAUACGUCUUACCAUACUUUUCAAUCAUUUCCCAGCCGAGACGUACAAACUCAUCUGCUUUGAUAUUAGCAAAGGUGAGCGCAUUGCCGAUGAGGGGCAAUGCCGGUGGACCGGUAAAACGGCUGGCUAAGGCGUAGAGACGUCCAUAUUUUGCAUAGCAGUAAGUGAGCAAUGCGCCAAAGGAACUGAUGACGAGUGUCACGACAACAGCAAACAUGUCGGUAGUUUCAAUUUAUUUGAUAUAUGUAUGUAUAUGUUUUUUUACUAAAUUAAGUUAGACUAAUCUUAAAAUAAAAUUUUCGCGUUUUCGCGGUCCGUGCACACACAUAUCACUUUGAAUGUUUAGAAAUCACUGGCUGUGAACGGUGGGCGCGCAAACACAUUUAUACUGCUUAGCCAGCUUCCACGACCCACAUACACACACACAAGCAUUGAACUUGAUCGAUAUUGAACGACUAGAGCUAAUAUAUAUUAUUAAACUUUAAUUUAAAUAAACAAAUUCAACAUAUGCAAAGCCUUAUGUGGAUCAAUACUCGUUAAUCGUUCUAAUAGUAUUUAAGCAGCUUAAACAUGGAAGAUCAUUCGCUUUAUUUGUUAGGCUCAAUAAUAGUCAAGUUCAUGAAUGAACAAGACGAUGUCUAUACCAGUUUUGGAUCAAUAAAAUUCUGAGAAGUAAAAUAAAGUGAAUUGUAGUAUUUAUUUAUUGGCUCAAGGGUUCUCUCUUAGUGACGACGGAUUCCAGCUAAAGCUCGGACGACUGUAACGGUUACAAAUUUAGGAUUUUUUAAUCAAUGUGAGUAGAAUUUGGGAAUUCUCCUGAAUUUAUAUUUAUUAAGUUCGAGUGAUUUCGACGAAAGUUCCACAAGCUAAAUUAGUGCUGUUUGGAUUAUUCAAUCACAAUGUGGAUAAUUUUUUAAUUUAAUUUUUUCCCGGCGUUCGUCUAAAUCUCUACUUAUCAGCAGUAUCUGAUGUGUUUACCGAACUAAAAUGUGUUCACGAACCGUUAGAGACUGCGAAUUUGUGACUCUAAAGAUCCGAAAGUGUGAACAAGACUUUGUUAUUAUGUUUCAAUUUAAUAAAUUAUUAUUUUUAGGAUUUUGAAUUUAUAGACUCACCCUCAUACAUAGAUAAGAGAUCAUUUUGAACUUUGUUUGUCAAUUCUUCGAAGAACUGCCCUUAGUAAGAGCUAAUGGGGAGGAGUGCAGGAGAUGAAGAGCGUUGGUUUCAACUCAAGCCAUUGGCCGUAUCUGAUAAUAUAAUUGCCUAAGAAAUGAAAAGCUCUGCAGAUAAUGAGCUCUACGUCUCAGCUGAUGAAUAUGGAUCAGAAGCGACACGUUUUUUGUUUUAAAGAAGUCGAACGAGUGUGUAUUACGUAGAGUAAAGUUAUUACAAAAACAAUAUCAAUUCCACGUCUUGACUGAUUCUGUUUAUUAGUUUGACAUGGACAGAAUGUUGUCCAUUGUGACGCAGUGGCAAUACACUCUCAAACAUUUCCGCUUGCUGUACAGGUUUUUAUAAAAAAAUAUUGCAUUUGUUUUAAACCUAUUACAAUAAAAUGUUAUAUAUUUUUCUCUUGUUUACAAAAACAAGUGUUUACGUGUGAGAUAUAUAUUUUGAGUUGUGUUGCCAAGCAGGUUCGUCUUUGGCUGACUGUCUAGCUUGUGAAUUAACAUUUUGUUGCUUUACAUAUUAGGCUUUUAGUUGAUAAGAAUUUAUUAUGUUUUGUAAUUAUUCGUUUUCAAAAUUAAUUUUUAUGUAUAAACGGGAAACACGAAAUUCUCAGUUCACAAAAACCCAUUUAAUAAUGUAAAUAAUAUACAUAUGUACAGUCAUGUGAAAAAUAAUAGGGACACAUGAUCUUAUUUCACAAAAUGAUCAACAUUUUUUCUUUGAUAACGGUUCUUCACUUCCCUGACAUCCCACCAAACAAUUACAUGUUACAUUUUUGAUAAUUUUUUUUAUUUUUUUUUUACCUAUUUUCAAGCAGUGUCCCUAUUAUUUUUCACAUGACUGUAUGUGUCUGAUGCAUAAAAAACAUAAAGGAGAUUAGGGUGGUCCUUAAUUACAAAAAAAAAAGUUCAGAAACUAGUGGAAAAUAUCAAAUGCAAUUUUGAACCCGAAUGAAAAUGGAGAGUAUUGGCAAAAUUUAAAAAUAGUGUCUACUAUCAAAGUCAGAAAUUAAAAAAUCGGCCAAUAUAAUUCAGCAAUUCGAAGGAAAGAGAUUUCGAUCGAACAAGUGAUCUAGUACGACAAAUAUGUUACGUCAAGUUAUGGAGAAGAGAUUAGACCAAAGGAACUUGACAACUUAUGACACGACAAAACUUAAAAAAAAAAUACAAAACCAUUCGAUUUUUUGCAAAGGAAUGAGCCCUACGUACAUAUAUUUAAAGCAGAGGUAGGUAUCCUACAUGAAGAAUUUUAUAAGUAAAGUAUUGUUAAAUAGUAUAAAAUUAUUAAUAAGUUUCUGAUAUUAGUUUCAUUAGGUCAAUCAAUUAAUACUUUCCCUGUGACGCAAUGGGAACGUUCAGCUAAUUUAACGAUUAAUGAGUAUUCUCUCUAGUAAACCCUCGGUUUCAAACGGAACAACAAAGUAUCUUAGGUACGCAGUAUAAUAUAUAUAUAUAUAUAUAUACCAGCUGUAAGUAUCGGCCCUUUAGUGCAAUCGCCUACGAACUCGAUCUCAUAAUGACACAAUAUAUAUGGAAGUUUUUAUACUACUAAUUUACACUUUUUACGUCACGUGGCCGUACCGUAAACAUUAGCGGAUCUUUCGUACGCAUGGUUAAUUCAUUUGAUAGUUUGAGCUCCUGCGUAGCAUCGCCUACAUAUUCCAUGUUAAAACUAAGUAAAAUAUACACUACUGUCACUUUCAUCUGCAGCAUUGCGUAUUUUUGACCCAGACAACUACGUGGACCCGCCGAAAAUGAGGUGAACGUAUACGGAUUUAGUUUUGCGCUGUUCUCACACGCCACCUCUUCGAAGCGUUCCGGUUUGAAUGUGUUCGGAUCGGCAUAAACUUCAGGUAGACGUCCAAAGAUCAAAGGUGAAAAGCCAAUAUUUGUACCGGCCGGUAUUAUGUGAUCAUCUAGUUUUGAAAAAAAAAGGAAACAUUAAACGAAACUUGAAUAUUUUUAAUGUGAAAAAUAAACUUACUAAUUUUGGUCUCUUCCAAGGCUUUGCGUCCUAUCAACGCCACCGGCGGAUACAUGCGCAGCGACUCCUUAAUGCACAAAUCCACAUAGUGCAACCGAUUCAAGUGCUCGCGACUGACCGAGAUCGCGCCGACUUCCGUACCGAAAACGCUUCGUAUCUCCUCGUAGCACUUGCGCUCCCACUCACGAUUCGUGACUAUACAGUAGAAGAAGAACAUUAACGCCGACGAGAGUGUAUCGUGACCGGCGAAUAUGAAGGUUUGCACCUCCUCGCAUAUGUCGACAUUGCUCAGGCACUGUCCGUUGAUCGUUGAGUUGAGUAAGAUGUCCAAGAAGGUUUUCCUGCGUUUUAUGCCUGCCGUUUGCUGCUUGUCCGCUUCGUGCACUUGUUCCUUCGCUUUCGGUGCGUACACCAACUCGUUUCGUCGCUGCAGUAUUACCUGUUCCGCGAAAUCAUUUAUGACGGCGAGUGCUCGUUUAGCUUCUUUUGCUUUCGAUGUGCAGCGAAAGAUGAAAUCAAAGUGAUAUUUCAGAUCGUACAUGCGUAGGUGUAUUAUUCCCAUGAGACUGUCGAAAAUUAAAAAGACUCAAGGUGUUAAAUUUGAGUGGAAAGGCUGUGACUUCAAAGCAGAAGCGAUCGUAUGAUACCCUGGAAGGUUAAGAAAGUCCAUAGAGGUACCACUGACGACGAUUAAUGAGAGUUAGUCAAACAAAAUUAUGGAUAGUGAUAAACAAAUACAAUUGUGGAUAGGGAUCGGAUUGGAUCGAAUCUCUCAUGAAAUUUAGGAAGCCGAUAUUGAAUUUGCGCAACUCUGACUUCGGACAACCCCCAGCAGACUGUGGUUCAGACAUACCGUUAAAAAAAGUAUACAAAACAAAACUGAGUACUAAAUAAUACCCCGAAAGGUCAAAAGUCCUUUAAGGUAAGUUAGACAAGAAAAAUAGGGAUUGGUAUCGGACGACCCCUUAAGUAAUUUAGGAAGCCAAGAAUGAAUUUGUCCAACUUUGACUUCGGAUGACCACGAGCAGCCUGUUAUACAGACAUGCCGAGGCAAACGAGGUAACUCACCUUUCCAAUGCCUUAACGUAUUCACAAUCCGCAUUACGUUGCGUUUGUAUGUGUACACCCAUCGCAGUAUCUGGAAAAAAGCACAAUCACUAUAUAUAUUAGGCAUAAUCUGUCACAUAGCGCAACCUACCGCAAAUCGUAUCCAACAUGCAUAAACCCAAAAAGUGGCGCAGCUCAAAGGGUCGACCUUCAGCGCACAGUCCGCCCAAUUGCUGCACCAACACCAUGGAAUGUUUCUGAAAGCAACUCAAGAAAUCUUCCAGCAUCCUGAAGUGGAAUGUUGGCGACACGAGUUUACGACGCUGUUGGUAUUUACAUCCAUGCGACAGCAACAAUCCAUCGUGCAACCAACAUUUCAUACAACGAUAUUGAUCCGAUUUAAUCGCCAGUUUAUUUGAGCUGAGCAAAACUUCGACGUCGUGCGGUUCGUGCAUGAUUAUAUUCAACUCGGGACCGAUCCACACGCGGCACGUCUUGCCAUACUUUUCAACCAUUUCACAACAGCGACGUACAAACUCAUCUGCUCCGAUGUUGACGAAGGUAAGCGCAUUGCCAAUAAUGGGCCAUGCCGGUGGGCCGUUAAAACGGUUAGCUAAAGCGUAGAAGCGUCCAUAUUUUGCGUAGCAGUAUAUAAGUAAUGCGACUAAGGAACUGAAAACGAGUGCUACGGUACUCGCAAACAUCUCGAUGGUCUCAAAUUUUUUAAUUUUUUUAAAUUAAAUUAAGUUAAGAGUAAUAUUGUUGUUGU